CAUCGGAGCUGGACCCGCUCUUCUCGGCGCGCUAUGUCGUCACAAUGACAACUGAGCGUAUCCGCGGUAAUGUGCUUUUCGAGGAAGCUGGUGCUACGCGGGAGCUCUUCAUAUGCAAACGGUUGCGAAAGCUAUCUCUGCAAGCUCCAAACAUUCGCGCAACACACACAUCGCAGUUCAACUGUAAAUUAUUACUUCCUUCAGCUCCCAACCUCGCCUUCAUACGAAUUCGCACGAGCAGUCAUGCGCGCAUUCACUCGUCUCCAACCAGCACGCAAUGCUGUGCAAAGAUCUAUUGUAUUCCAGCGACCUUUGAGCUCUAGCCCGCAGCUGCGACUGAAAGAGGACAAGCCUCAAUCACCGCAAGAGAUUGAGAAAGCGAAGCAACAGCAACAGGACCCAAAGCAGCGCGAGGAACUUGAAUCAUCGUCGGAGACCGUUGUGAAGGCUGAGCAGAAUAGCAAAGGCCCGGAGGAACUGCAGAAAGAGACAGCACAGCAAGCUCAGAAGGAGCACCCUAAGGCAAAGUAGUGAUUCAGUGCUGGCCAGUCUGGAACUUUGGCCGAUAUACACAUUGAAUCUCAAUAUCUGUACAGUGGAAGGAAUGGCUGUCAUUUGUUCCUAUGAGGACUCUUGCGACAAGUCGUUUCGUGCUCAGUAUCUGGUGUCAAGGUUUCUACUUCAUUGAUGCCAAGAAUGUAGGGCGUCCAUUCUCCAAAACAUGUUUCCGAGCAAGAAGAUAAGAACAAAGCACGCUUCAAUGCAUAUGAAAUGCUUCGUUCUCACCCGAACCGCAACAAAUGCCAUCUUCCAUGAUUACCCAAUCUUUGAUCUGCCAUUCGUCAGUCUUCAUC